UUCGGCCUCUGGAGAUAGGUUGGCGCCUCCCGCGAAGCUCAGGCUUAUGAGGCAGGGUCUGCGUGGGUGGCCCCGAGCAGGUCUUCGAUGAGGACAUUGGCGGCGAUGAGCUCAUCGGCAUGGCCAGGCUGUCGCACGAGGACUUCUACCCCAACGGCUUCCAGGGCGAGCUAUCCCCGCGGGAAGGGAGCCCCGCUGCAGGGCGAGCUGUCGGUGGCACUCACGCUCUUCAAGGUGGUGGUGGGCCCCCGCGGGCGCGCCGAGCAGCAGAAGAGGAGGAGGAAGCUCUGCAAGCACGUCCAGGUGGCUAUCAUCAGCGCUAGCGGCCUUGCCGUCGCGGGCGGCGAGAUGGACUGCGAUCCAUACUGCGUCUGCAGGAUAGCCGACGCCGAGGGUUCACCAGAGGACGAGGGGCCUCAUCGUGCUCAGGGCCGCAGCCAGGGCGCCCACUGGAAGCGACGGUAUGGCCGAGCAGAGGCCAAAGGCCAGAUCGAGACCCACGUCAUCCCCCGGACGAGGAACCCGACCUGGCGAUACCUCGACGAGCUGUCUCUGUACGCCGAGGGCGACGCCCUGUUUUUUGAGGUCUGGGACAGAGACGUCGGCAAGGAGGACGCGCUGGAUUUCAUUGGUCACGUUGUGCUCACAGGCGACAAGAUAAUGCCGAACGGCUUCCUGGGAGAACUUCAGCUGCUGGAUGCCAGCGACGCCCCCCUGGAGGCGAGGCUGAACAUCUGCAUCAUCCCGCCUUUCAGGGACGUGCCUGGCAUCAGAUGCAGGUUUGAUGUGCGCGAGGGCAAGCUCGGCGUCAAGAUCGUGCCAGAUGAGCAAGGAGAUGCCUUCUUCAUAAGAAAGGUCUUUGAAGACGGGCUCGUCGACAAAUGGAACAUUGCGAAUCCGCAGCAGCGCAUCCUUGCCGACGACCGCGUCAUCGAGGUCAAUGGCAUCAGAGGCAGCGCAAAGGAUCUCAUCUCCACAGUCGCGUGCUGCAAGGGGGAGAUGGAGUGGCUGCUGACGCGCGCUAUCGUCUGAGCGCGGCAGCCUGCGGGCGCUUCUCUGGUGCGCCCUCGCCCCCCCUUGGCGCGCCUUCUGCACAUGAGUGGUGCGAUCGUUAUCUCGUUUUGAUUUUUUUGUAAUGCGUAGUUACUCUUAGGGCGACGAGAUCUCUACAAUGUCCACUGCCCUAGUCCUGGCCCAUCCUGGGCUCAGGACCAGUGUACACGCCCUCCAUCUUGUCGCCCUAGCUCUUGUGCAUGAGCCGUGAUGGCAUGGACGCUACCAUUGCGCAGCAGUCCCGUUGCGAGUGCCAGCUAGAUAUUCUAUUCGGCGAGUGUGUGUUGUGUGUUGUUCGCCUGUUAUCCGAGUGCGCUCCCGUGGCUUCCGCGAAGCGGCGGCAAUGCUCGCCAGGCCCAGCAGAUUGCGCCACAAUUCAGGUCCCAUUGCGCGCGCGGGUCCCGCGAGGAUCCGCGGCCCCCCUGCGCGCGCUCGCGCGGGACGCGAUGUUUCAGCCUGGGGGGCGACGUCUCCGAUCUUCUGUGCCCCAUCUUUCGGGUGUUGCUAGAGAUCAGAGGAGGGAACGGUACCCAUACCGCUAACCCUUCCUCGUUUCUUCUUUUUUGGGCCUCCUCGGAGGCCCUCGUCGCCACCGCUGGAUUCGCCCCGAAAUCCUGGUCAGAACGCACCCCAGGAGAGGUCCAGGGAGUAGCGGCAUCGGUACCUGCUGGUUUCCCUAAGAGACGGCCCGGGCC